UGCAAGCCAAUCAUAUCAGCAACAACAAAUAACAUAUGUUCCUACAGACACUGCUCCAACGAUGAAUAUAUCAUCUUCUAAGCUACCUCAGGCUAAUCCUCAAUGAGAUGUUGCUCGCAAUACUAGAGAUUUUCUUGGAGUAAUUCGACCAGUUUUAAUCACUGAACCAUGUAUUACGGAAAGGCAUAAUAUUUUUAAGUCUCAUUGUAUCAUUGAGGAGAAGAUUUACAACAUGAUAAUCGACAGUGGAAGUACAUAAAACUAUGUUUCUGCAAAUUUGGUUGAGAAAAUUGGUUUACCUGUUACCCUUCAUCCAAAAUCGUAUUCAAUUGGUUAGAUAAAUAGAUCUUCCACUCAGCAAAUCACUCAUCAAUGUUUAGUGAAGUUUUCUCUCCCUGGAUAUUCAGAUUAUGCUUUAUGUGAUGUUAUUAACAUGACUGUAGCAAGUUUAUUAUUGGGAAUACCAUGGAAGUAUGAUAUUCGAGCUGUUCAUAACUGCUAUGAGAAUACUUAUACUUUUUUUUCAUGAAGGAUUUACAAAGGUUUUGUGGCUUUUCAAAUCUUCUCUUUCUUCUCUCAAAGAACCAGCAGAAAAAAAGACGACUGCGUUAGUAUCUACAAUUGUUCAUUCUUUGAACACUCAUUCUUUGAGCUCUCAUGAAGUUGCUAAACCUAUGGUGGAGAUUCCAAACAAGAUACGUAUUCGAGAAGGUUAUGAAUGGAAAACAGCUUUCAAGACAAAGGAAGGUUUAUAUGAGUGGUGAGUCAUGCCUUUUGGUAUAUAUAAUGCACCCAUCACAUUUCAACAGUGAAGAAGAGCAUCUUAUGCAUUUAUCUCAGGUUUUUACAGCUUUACAAGAAAAUGUUUUGUAUGUAAACUUGAAGAAGUGCACAUUCUUUACCAACAGAGUUACUUUUUUGGGUUAUGUUGUGUCAUAUACUGGUAUUUCUGUGGAUGAUUCUAAGAUCAAAGAAAUUGUUGAUUGUCAUGUUCCAACUUCUAUACGUGAAGUACAUAGUUUUCAUGGUUUAGCUUCAUUCUACAGAAGAUUUGUGAGGAAUUUUAGUACCAUUGCAGCUGGUUUAACAGAUUGUUUUAAGCGUGAUACUUUUGAAUGGACUGAAGAAGAAGAUAAGAGUUUUAAUUUACUCAAAGAGAAGUUAUGUAGUGCUCCUGUUCUUGCCAUGCCAAAUUUUGAUAAGCCUUUUGAGAUUCAUUGUGAUGCUUCUGUUGUUGGCAUUGGUGUUGUGUUAUCUCAAGAAGGACAUCCAAUUACAUACUAUAGUGAAAAGAAUUCAGAUACAAGGAAGAAGUGGUCUACUUAUGAGUUAGAAUUAAUUGCUCUUGUUCAAGCUCUUAAGAAUUGACAUCCUUAUCUUAUUCACAAUGAGUUUGUUGUCAAUACUGAUAAUCAAGCACUUAAGUUUUUGAAAACUUUUGCAAAGGUCAACAGAAUGCAUGAUAGGUGGUUAUCUACUAUCAAUCAGUACACAUUUUCUAUUAAACAUCAGAGUGGGAAACUUAAUCAAGUUGUUGAUGCUUUGAGUAGAAGAGCUCAUCUUCUAGUUACUAUCAAACAUGAGAGUUUGGGUUUUGAUUUCUUAAAAGAUCUUUAUAGUGAAGACAAGGAAUUUCAGAAACUUUGUGAAAAGUGUGGUUCUUCAACAGGCAAUGUUGAUGAUUAUCUAAUUCAAGAUGGUUUUCUUUUUAAAAGAAAUCGUUUAUGUUUACCACAAUGUUCUUUACGUCUUCAUUUGAUCCAAGAAUUGCAUGGAAGUGGCCUGGGAGGACAUUUUGGACGUGAUAAAACUAUUUCAUUGGUUGAAGAACAUUAUUAUUGGCCUUCAAUUAAACGAGACAUUCAGAAGUACGAACAAAAAUGCAUGGUUUGUCAGCAGUCUAAAGGGAAUAUUCAAAACAUUGGAUUAUAUACUCCACUUCUCAUUCCUGGUGUACCUUGGGUGGAUAUUAGCAUGUACUUGGUGUACCACGUACUGCCAGGAAGAAUGAUUCUAUUAUGAUGGUUGUUGAUCGCUACUCAAAGAUGGCUCACUUCAUAGCCUGCAAGAAAACUACAUAUGCCUCCAAUGUUGCUUAUUUAUUUUUCAAAGAAGUAGUACGUUUGCGUGGAAUUCCCAAGACAAUUACUUCUGAUCGAGACACUAAGUUUUUGAGCUAUUUUUGGAAGUCCUUAUAGAUGCGUUUGGGAACUAAACUUCAGUAUAGUACAACUUCUCACCCUCAAACAGAUGGACAAACUGAAGUGGUUAAUCGAUUAGAGCCAAAGUUAUUGGGGAAAAAGAGAAGCAAUGGGACAAUUUUCUUCCAAAUAUGGAAUUUGCUUAUAACACUUCAGUCAAUAGAUCCACAGGUAAGACACCUUUUCAUAUUGUUUAUUCUAAGGUUCCUAAUCAUAUUUUAGAUUUGGUGGUACUUCUCAAUCUACGUAAUUCAAAUUCUAAGGCAGAUAACUUUAUUGAGAAAGCUUCACUCAUACAUCAAGAAGUAAAGUCAAAACUUGCAGAGUCUAAUAACAAGUACAAAGAAGAUGCAAAUCAACAUAGAAGACUUAAGACUUUUGAUGAAGGAGAAUUGGUUAUGAUUCAUCUCAGAAAAGAAAGAUUUCCUACUGAUACUUACAACAAGACCAAGAUGAAGAAAUAUGGACCAUUCAAGAUUUUGAAGAAAAUCAGUGAUAAUGCAUAUGUUAUUGAUCUUCCAUCAAAUUGGAACAUCUCUAAUAUAUUCAAUGUGCAAGAGAUUUUCACUUUUCAUGGAGAGAAUGAAGUUCUUUCUAUUCAUUAACUCGAGGGAGAGUUUCUUUCAAGAAGGGGGGACUGAUGUAGUACAUCUUUUUACGUAUCAACUAUGACAGUUGACUCCUGAAGCUUGUAUAAACUUUGGCAGUUGAUCCCUCGUUCUUGUAUCAACUAUAACAGUUGAUCC